GCUUCUACUACUAGUAGUAUUCAGACGCUCACCAACUAGUACUUAGAAAUCUUGAGUACAAUAUCUACCAAGACGUGUAAAGGUGGUCAUAGAUAUGGUCCAGAGACUCUACCAGGCAGUCCACGGAUUCUUCUUGCAAGACCAGUACGAUAAAGACCUUCACAUUAAAUCCUCAUCCAUCUCUCUACCCUCGCGAUUUGGUUUGUUAGAUGGCUCUGCAGAGCGGUGGACUACAUUUCGACUGGCCAUCAGUCAGUUGAAUGCCAAUGCACCUGAAAAUACCUCCUACAAGGUCAUAUUCUUUGGCAGACAUGGUGAAGGAUAUCACAACGUUGCAGAAGCAAAAUAUGGUACACAAGCUUGGGACGAUUAUUGGUCCAAAUUGAAUGGUGAUGGCGAGUUAGUUUGGGGACCUGACCCUGAUCUUACUCCAUUGGGCGUGGAUCAAGCUAUUGCUGCUCGAGAGCUCUGGAAGGCAGAGCUGCCAUUUGGGAUUCCCCUACCCGAGAAGCUUUACUGCAGCCCUCUUACACGUGCGAUAAGAACAAAUAUACUGACGUUUGAAGGCGUCAUCACAGAUGAUACUCGUAAAACAACGAUUGUUGAAAACUGUCGAGAAGAGAAUGGAGUUCAUACAUGCGAUAAGCGAAGAUCGCGCUCCUUUAUCAAGAGUACAUACCCUCAGCUUCUAUUAGAAGAGGGAUUCACCGAGGAAGACGAGCUGUGGGACGCAAACGCAAGGGAGACAAAGACAGAAUUAGAUGCCAGAGCACGAACAGUCUUGGACAAUGUUUUCGAGGACGGCGAGAAGCAAUUUAUAUCUAUCACUGCCCAUGGUGGUUUCAUCGGUGCGAUUUUGCGGGUCACAAAUCAUUGGUCUUACAGACUAGCUACAGGAGGCUACAUACCUAUUGUCAUCAAAGGAACAAAUUUGACAACAGACUCAAUGCCCUGAUAUGUCGUGGGGACUAUGAUGAAAGCAAGAUUUAACAAGGCCCCCGAGACUAGGAAGUUACAUGUUCGAAGAAAUACAAAAUACAGAUGUGCUAGUGUACACGGAAAGUACUGAUUUACAGCUCGCACCAAAGAGAGUAUCAAGAAUCGCGUGUUUGAGCAAAUUCUGUUAAGAAUUUCUCUUGCGCCUGUACGACGAUCUGAAUAUGACUGACAGCCAAUGGUUCAUUUCUGCAUA